CGUGGAGAUCGCUAUCGCAUUGCACCUGAACACAUAUCCGUCGCUCACUGCACGCCUGGACCUCUACACCGUCCUCAGCACCGUCCCGACCAGCGAGCGACGGGGUACCGAAUAAGCGUCCGCGCUCUCCACGCUUCCGCGGCGUAUCCGCGCGGCGAGUCGCACUGGAACGGGUCUGGAGUAGCUGUAAGCACCGAGCAAGGUUGACGUUUGAAGGCGUGUCCGAGUACGAUGGCCGGGGACGUGCAGGGCGACGCGGAAAGCAUAGCUGCGAGCUAAAGCCGUUCUUGCCUCUCGCCUCCAUCUCCGACCCUCCCUCUUCCCUCCUUGUCGCGCAGAACAAGUUCCUGCGACCGUCGAGCGCUGCAGAAAGUCAUGGCGGACCAAGACGCUGGGGGAUCGGGAGUUCCGCGGCCCAAGGUCAUGAAAUCGAACUCGACCGCGGGGACCGUGCGCCCGCGGGCGGACAACGACGAGGGUGGCAGGCCACCCACGAAGCGCGCCCGGAAGGCCAUAAACUGCGAGCCCUGCAGACAGAGCAAACUGAAGUGCGAUAGACACCGCCCCUGCUCGUCCUGCGUGCUGCGAGGAACAACGGCGUCAUGUUAUCAGGACGCGCGUGGCCCUGAGCCCGAGGCCCGCGGAGAAGACGUGCACCACAUCAACCCGGCGCAGGAGAUCAGCCGCCUGCGCCAUUCCAUCUCCCUCCUCGAGUCCUACAUAUUCUCCUCGCAGCCACCACCACCGCCGAACCAGUUCAUACCCGCCAAUGUGCCACUCCUCGCGCCGUACGGGCCCAUGACGCCCGUCCUGCCCAAGGUCGAGGUUGCCACCGAGUCUGUCUCCGCGGGAGGACCCGUCCCGACAGGUGCAAUCCAUCAGGGAAGGGGUGGGCUCUAUGCAGGUCCCACGAGCAGUGAGACGUUGCUGCUGAUGCAAAAGGGUGGCAGCGAGGAGAUUGACCGUGGGCCGAACGACGCUGAGACCCCUACGCCUGAGCUGCGCUACGACCGCGACCUCAUCGAGAUGCUUCCUCCGCUGCCCAUCAUGGAUGGGCUCAUCGAGCACUACUUUGAGUACGGGAACUGGGUCUACCGUCAUGUCAGCCCAGCUGCCUUUCGCACGGCGUGGGCGCGGUACAAGAACAAUCGCUCCUCGGACCGCCUCACGCUGGCGACGGCGGCGGGCAUCAUGGCCGUAGCGAUGCGCUACCUUCACCCAGGCUCGCCGCUGCUUCUGUCGUUCGGCGCGCGCACGAUGGACGAGAUUGCGCAGACGUUCGCCCACGUGUGCACGGAGGCGCUCACGCGCCAUAGGACCGAGGCCCCGCGGGCGUACUCCAUCGAGCUCGUCGAGCUGCUGCUCGUGCGCUGCCACCACCUGACGCUCCUCAAGAACGACAGCGAAGAGCUUUUCGCUAUGAAGGGCGAAAUUACCAUGAUUGCGAUGGCACUUGGCCUGCACCGCGAUCCGGGCAAGUUCAAGAUGCACCGGGACGUCGCGGAGCGCCGGCGAUGGGCGUGGUGGCACGUCGUCCUGCUGGAGCGCUGGCAGUCCUUCCUGCUCGGCCGACCGCUUUCAAUCGCGUCGCACCACUUUGACACGCAGUUGCCGUCGUACUGCGACCCGGCUAUUGACAAGACGGGGAGGCUGUACUUGCCGAACCUCGCGCUCUUUCGGCUGGCGUUCAUCCUUGGGGACAUAAUGGACGAUGCGGUGUCCGUUCGGCCGGUGCCGUACUCAUCCGUGCUUGCGAACGACCGCGCGCUGACGCAGUGGCUGGAUGCGCUACCCGCCGAGCUCGACCUCGAUGACUUCAGGCUAGCGCGCAACCUCGCCAGCACAGACCCUGCCCUGCGUCGCCUCGGCGUGCAGAGCGUCAUCAUCCGCGCCAGCUACUACCACAUCCGCUUCACGCUGCACCGACCGUACGCCGCAAUCGCAAGCGCACUCGCGUCAAUGAAGCAAGCCGCCGAGAAGGACGCCAAGGACGAGGUGAACGGCGUCUCGCGCGAGGAGGCCGAGAAGAUGGCGCCCUCGCUCGAGAUCGCCGUCGCCUCCGCGGACAAGCUCAUCGCGCUCGUCGCGCAGUCCUCGCCCGACUUCCUCGCGCACGAGACGCUCGCCGUCCCCGGGCACAUGAACUGGGGUCCCUUCCACUGCUUCUCCGCCGCCAUGUUUUUCUCCUUCCAGCUCAUCGCGAACCCGGACCAGCCCGGCGCAUCGCUCUUCCGCGGCAGCGUGCGCAAGGCGCUGGCGACGCUUGAGGCUGCGCAGGGCCACGAUUCGACGGGGCUUGCGGCGAAGGCGUUAGAUAUUCUGGAGACGCUUGCGCCGUUGUAUGGCCCCGAGUUCUUGCGUGCGACGCCCGAGGGGCGGGAGAAGCAGCGCGCGCAGGUGUUCGCAAGGGUGCGGCGGCUCGCGUUCCCGUACUACGACCGCGGGGACCCGCGCCAUGUGGCCGCGUCCGCGGAGAGCCCCCGUGGAGGGCUAGCGUACUCUGCGAGCGGGAGCGUGCCGACCGACAGCCCUGGCGGCCUAGUGAGCGCGAGCCCGCCCGUGCCUGUGGUGGCGGAUAGCCUAGUGAGCGCGGUGCGGUACGACGCGCCUCCCCAGCAAGCAUAUCAUUCCAUGGCGCCGCCUCCGCCUCCGCCGCCUCAGCAGCAACAGCAGGGGCUGGGGUCCGGGCAGGAUCAUGGGAUGCCAACUGGGCAUGCGCCGCAGGGUUGGCAAGGCGGGCGAGCGUGGGUGCCGUCGCAGGGGGCGACGGGGAUGGAGCGCUACCAGCAAUUCGCGCAGCAGCCGGUGGACGACCCGACGAUGUGGGGCGCGGCAGUUGGCAUCGCGCAGGGCGAGUGGACGCAGCUGCUGCGCCCAUACCACCCGCCGAUGGGGCAUAUGUAAGGAGAUGUGCCGGAAGUGGGGCUACCGGCGAUCUGAGGUCUGAGGGCGAGAUUUAUUGAUAGACGAUGAAGAGUGGUUCUGCUGCUGUCGUCGUGUUUUCUUGUUGAUGUGUACGCUAUCUGUGGGGCGACCCGAUAUACACGUUGUGCUUGGUAUUGUACUUGUACUUCUGUGCUUCUAAUACGACUGCUGAUCUUGCUGCAA